AUGGUUUCUGCACCAGUGGGAUACCAGAGGCCGUCAUUUCCCUCAUUAUACUGGCCAGUGGGUCCAAAGGCAAAAGAGUUUGAUGAAGCAGACCUUUAUCAUUUUAAAGACAUUUGGUUGUUUACAACAGCAUGGUCGAUAAUCUUUAUGACGGGGUUGUAUACGGCAGCAGCAGGUUUGCUCCUCAUCACCCACUAUGCGGGCUCAUAUAAACAUCCAACGUUUAUGAGGAGCUCAGAAGUUUUAAGUGAAGAAGGCAUUAGGAAUAGGAAUAUUGAAAUGAAAAGUUUCAAUUAUAAUCUUAUAGAUAGAACCACGAGUGGUGCAGGGUAUGGCCACCGGUUUGUUAAAUCUUUGUUUUCAGGAAAUACAAAGCUAUUAGUUCUUGCUGUUGCUACAUAUAUUUUUAGUGGUGCAUUUUUAGGCUUUUUCUCCGGAUCUAUGGUUGGAUUGUUAAUUGCUGCGGUUUAUAAUUCGGCUCAAUUCAGAGUAACGCCAUGGAUCCCGUUUGUUUUUUCGUUAAUUAUCAUGUUAUUCAAUAUAGCAAGUUCUUACUCUUUUACGGUUUCAUAUCUCUGA